AUGUACCGCAGUUCUAUAGUGAUUGUGCUUACGUGCAUAUUCAAUGUCAUAUCAGCAAUUGGAUUCUCAGGUGUGAUUAAGAACAUACCCAAUGAUGUACCAGAACUAGGCAAGGAGUUGCGACAAACAAUACCAAACUUGAACAACUAUGCUCUGAGAGUCAAGGUUGACCUCUACAAACUCAAUGAUAAGGGAAAGAACCACGAUUUUUCUCCCGUAUCAGCUACUGUUGGUCAAAAUUAUCAAUUCAAAUAUAAAGACUUGUCAGAAGGAGAGUACGAAUUGAUUAUUAAUUCAUACGACUUUGCGUUUGCAAACAAUAGAUACAGAUUAUUGGUUGACGAAGGCAAGGUUCUGGCCUAUGAAGACCCUUUGGGUCAAUCACACAACAACCAAUCACUAGCCGUGGAAGUGAGCCACCAGACACCUUUGGAAAUACAGUUUAGAGAAGUGAAGCAAUUUUACGAGAAAUCAGGAGGAUCAGUAUUUGAUAUGGUACUCAACAGUCCUUUUGGAUUCAUUUUCAGAAACAAGACGUACACCAUUAUAUUUAUUGUCUUAAUGACGAUUUCGGUAGCUCCUACCAUUGCUCAAUGGGUUAAUCCAGAGUUUGCUGAGCAAUUCAAAGAAGUUCAAGCAGAAGUGGCCCAACUGAGAUUACAAAAGUCAGAAGCAACUGAAUCACAAGAAGUAUUAGCAGUAGCUGGAUCCACUGGAGCAAAAAGGGCUAGUGGCACAAUCAAGAAGAGAAGAUAG